AUGAAGCUCGCCGCCUUUAUCAUCGGGUCCCUUUACGCCCAAGAUGCUUACGAGUACACCUACGAUAGCGACAUCGCUCGCACCGACUACGCCGACGAGUACUACUUCUACGAGUACAUUGACGAGCUCGGCAACAAGAAGAAAAAGAAGAAGAAUAAGAAGAACAAGAACAACAACUACAACAACAACAACUACAACAACAACAACUAUAACAACAACAACUACGCCUCCGAUCCAUACAACUACAACACCGGCUGGAACACCGGAUACGCCGCCAAUUAUGGCGCUAAAGUCAGCGACGGAUCCGGCAAGGGCGUUGACUCAGAUGUUGUCGGCAACGGUCGAUUCUGCUGGAACUGCAAAACUACGAUCAAGAUGAAGUACGACUCCGAUGGUGUCUGGACCGGCUAUGAGGACGCUUACGAUUCGUGCUUCGAUGAUGGCUACAUCGAGAAAUGCGUCGGCGAAGAGUACUACUGCGAUUGGGAAGAGCGUCGCCACAAGGGCGUCGUCGUCGGUGUUGCCGGAGGCUGCAAGGCUCCAGAGGCUUGCUUGAGAGGAAUGAUCCAGAACUUCCACUGGAAGGUGAACACCUACAACGAUCCCAAGGUCAAGGGCGAUCAAUGCAAGGCUGGAACCUUGAGAGAGACGAACAUGUACCCCGAUUCUGUCUGCCGAUGGUGCUGCGACGCUCUUACUGACACUCUCGACCGAUACGAGCCCGCUAUCGCCCAGCUUUGCAACCACAAGUCAUACGCUGGAUCUCCCGGCAAAGCAUACGACACGGACAAGGGUGCUACUUUCGUCUGGGCCGCCGAUGGCAACCUCUUCAACGGGCUCAACGUCGAUGGCAAGUUCCACUCGCUUUUCAUGGUCCACAGGCAGUACGCUCUUGGGCAAGGCGCCGGCACUCUCAGCGCAGGCGACAUGGUCCGCGGACAAUUUUCUUAA